AUGUCUUUCCUUUAUCUCAUCUUUAGAGUUUAUCUUUUUUUUUAUUUAUUAUAUUUUUUUUUCUUUUUUCCUGUCUAUUCUUUUCUUUCUUUCUUUCUUUCUUUCUUUCUUUGUUCGAGCCAAAUCCGUUUUCUUUCUUUCUUUCUUUCUUUCUUUUCUUUCAAUUUCAUUAAUUUCUGUUUAUUUCUCAUUUAUUUUACUUUCUUUAUCGUUUUUUUUUAUAUUUCGUCUUUUUUUGUCCUUGCAUUUGCCACCAUUUUGUAUUUAUUUGAAAUUUCUUUAUUUUUUUCUUUCUACGUCUUUUUUUUCUUUUAUUUUUUUCUUUCUCUCAUUAUUCAUCAGACUUUCUUUUUCUUUUUAAUUUUUUCUGUUCUUGUUUUAUUUCUUUAUUUCUUUUUCCUUCUUUUUCCUCUUUUUUUAUAUAUUCCUGUAUCUUUUGUUUGUUUUUUUUUAUCUAGUUUUUCCUUCUCUCCUUUAUAUAUUCAAAAAAUAGUUCUAAUUUUCUUUCUACAUCUGUACUUUUCGUUUUAUUUCUUCUUCUUUCUGUCCCAGAUUUUUUUCAAUACCUAUUCUUCAUUCUUUCUUUAUCACUUUUUUUCUUUUCUUGGGGGUCUCUCCUUUUCUUUUCUCCUUCAUUUUUCUUUCUUUAAACUAUUUCUUGUUUUCUACUUUCUUCGCCUCGAAUCAUUAUUCGUAUAUUUUUCUUUCCACUUUUAUCUUGCUUUCUUUCUUUUUUAUUUUUUUUCUCCUAUUUUUAUUUUUUGUUUCUUUUUUUUGUUACUUUUUCUUUUGAUUUUCUGUUUUUAUUUCUUUUUGUUUCCUUUUUCUACUAUUUUCUUUCAUCGAAUAAUUAUUCAUUUCUGUUCUUUCCACGUUUAUCUUUUGGUUUAUAUAUAUUUUUUUAUUUUUUGUUUCCUUUUUCCUUCUUUUUCUUUUCAUUUUCCUGUUUUAUUUUUUGUUUCUUUUUAUUUCGUUUCGUUUCAUUUUUAUUUCGUUUUGUUUCCUUUUUAUUUCGUUUCGUUUCCUUUUUAUAUCUGCCUUUCUUUUUUUGUUUUCCUCUUUUCUUUCUUUUUAUUUCCUUUUCUUUCUAUUUUGUUUCUUUUCUUAUUUUUCCCUCUACAUAUUCCAUGUCUUUCUUUUUCUGAUUCCUUUUUUUCUCCACUAUCGUUUUCAUUUCUUUUCUUUCUUUUUUUUUCUUACCAUUUCCUUAAUUUCUUUUCUUCUUCUUCUUCUUCUUCUUCUUCUUCUUCUUCUUCUUCUUUACCACCUUCACCUUCUUCUUCUUCUUCUUCGUCUUCUUCUCCAAUGUCAGUGUCAUUUUCAUUUUUGUCGUUUUUUCCCAAGUGGCUAUCUAUCUAUCUAUCUAUCUGUCUAUCUAUCUAUCUAUCUAUCUAUCUAUCCCGAACUGUUCAUGAUCUAUCUAUCUAUCUAUCUAUCUAUCUAUCUAUCUAUCUAUCCCGAACUGUUCAUGAUCUAUCUAUCUAUCACAGUCUGCUCAUAUCUAUCUAUCCAUCUAUCUAUCUAUCCCGAACUGUUCAUUAUCUAUCUAUCUAUCUAUCUAUCUAUCUAUCUAUCUAUCUAUCUAUCUAUCUAUCACAGUCUGCUCAUAUCUAUCUAUCUAUAUAUCCUAUCUUAGAACGUCCAGAUUCAUCUAUCUAUCUAUCUAUCUAUCUAUCUAUCAUCUAUCUAUCUAUCUAUCUAUCCCGAACUGUUCAUGAUCUAUCUAUUCUAUCACAGUCUGCUCAUAUCUAUCUAUCCAUCUAUCUAUCUGAACUGUUCAUUAUCUAUCUAUCUAUCUAUCUAUCUAUCUAUCACAGUCUGCUCAUAUUCUAUCUAUCUAUCUAUCUAUUCAUCUAUCUAUCUAUCUAUGUAUCUAUCCCGAACUUCUGCUUUUUUUCUAUUGUAUUCAUCUAUCUAUCUAUCUAUCUAUCUAUUCAUCCCGAACUGUUCAUCUAUCUAUCUAUCUAUCUAUCUAUCACAGUCUGCUCAUAUCUCCAUCUAUCUAUCUAUCUCAUCUAUCUAUCUAUCUAUCUAUCUAUCUAUCUAUCUAUCUAUCCCGAACUGUUCAUGAUCUAUCUAUCUAUCACAGUCUGCUCAUAUCUAUCUAUCUAUCUAUCUAUCUAUCUAUCUAUCUAUCUUAGACCGUCCAGAUUUUUUCCAUUAUCUAUCUAA